CAACCGAAUAUCAGAUGACGGCACAUUGCUAACUGCCUCCACGUCACAGAUGAGUUUAGGCAGCUGUGAGCAGACAAAGCACAUCAAUGGUGACACCGGUUACCACUGCUCCUACUGCAGCGGUUGAACCCGCGGUGUAACCCUGACUUUUCCUGCUCAGACUCCUUGAAGCACUUCUUGUCGGCCAUCGUUUUCACUGUUCACACGUUUGGUGGUUUUGUUUCUUCCUCAAAAUGCAAUUUUCAAUGGUGUCACCUCUUUCCUUCGCUGGAAUCCUCUAAUGGGUCGUCAGACUGCAACGAAGACAAGGCUUUUUUAAAGCACAUCAAUGGUGACUCCAACUGCAGCGGUUGAACCUGCUCAGACUCCUUGAAACACAUCGUCUUGUCGGCCAUCGUUUUCACAGUUCAUACGUUUUGUUUACUUCUUCUCAAAUUGCAAUUUUCCAUUGGUGUCACCUCUUUCCUUCACUGGAAUCCUCUAAUGGGUCGUCAGACUGCAACGAAGACAAGGCUUUUUUAAAAAGGUUUUGCGAGGUCUUCCACAACUUUUAGACAAGAUGAAACAACACAACAACGAAAAUCCUCAAUUAUCGUGUAAUGUAGGUUUGAGAUCUUAAAACCGAACGUUAGCCAAUCUGGUGGAAAGCUUGACAGAGAACUGAGCACCUCCGUCGAGCAAGAGCGAAAGCAUAUAUUAAGACCAUCGUUUCAGUCACGUGUAAGCAACCAUGGAGUAUGGCCCUCACGAAGAAAACAAAAACACAACCAGCUCCAACUUGAUCUUAGAGGACCUCAACUCCCUGGGACUCAUCGCUUUCGUCACCAUCGCCGUGUUGAUCAUCGGGCUGGCCGUGUUGGGAAACGCCCUGGAGAUUAUCGUCGCCUACAUGUCCCCGCAAAUGCGCUCCCUGUCCGAUAUGUUCGUCCUGAACUUGGCGUGCUGCCACCUGCUACAGGCUACUUUCUGUAUGCCCAUCUCGUUGUACAGCCUCAACAAAAGCUUUAGCUGGCAAACACACCGCGUGUUGUGCACCCUCUGGCUCUUGUCACUAGCGAUCUCCGUGCAGGUGUCCGCUUUCUCUCUUUGCCUCAUCACAUUGGAUAUCUAUCUUGAGAUCACCCAUCAGAAGUGGUACAGGAACUGGCUCAACACGCCCAAGGUGGUCAUAGCGUUGUGUGCAGUGUGGGUAAUUCCCCUGGCGGUCAACACGUGGCCUUUAACCCCCACUCUAUGGCCACAACUGGUUGAGAUAGACAAAGACCAAUGUGUAUUUCGAGCAGCGCCGUUGCUUGUAUACACUUCUGUUACUUUCGACUUCCUUCUGCCAGGUGUCUGCAUCACAGUUCUUUACGUUUUUGUCUUCUGCUACUGCCGAAAGAGGCUCCAAUCCUCUAAAGUCACCCGAAUGGACUACGCCGACUUCUGCCGAAUUUUCGACCCGUUUGAGUACAGAACCCUGAUAGUGAUGGGCAUUCAAGUGUUUGCCUUCGUGGUCCUGUGGAUGCCCUUCUGGAUCUACACGUGUCUCGUCGCUUCCUAUGGCGUCAAGCCGAGCUACUUUGCCCGGAAAAUCACGGUCUGGCUCUGUUACAUGACAACGCUAGUCACCCCCAUGCUCCACUUCUUUGGCAACUGGAAAUUCCAGCACGUGCUGAAGAGGCUCUUUGGAUGGAGAAGAGCCUCACCUGACGGACGGGUGUUCAUUUUCACCGGGUACAACAAGGUCUUUCCCAACACUCCACCUCUGACGUCUCCAGCAAUACGACAAGACGACGAGGUCACGCCUGUCUGAAAUUGUCAACUGAUGAUCUUUUCCUCUUCUUCCACUCUCCACCCAACACUCUCCAUCCAGUAGUAAACACUUCUAGCCAAAAAGAUAUUUCUGCUGCCAAGGUUGCAAAGGACGGUGGUGACAGUUGUUCGGUUUUCUAAUUUUACAUUGAUUAUUGAUAUGUGCAGCUUUUAUUUUCACUGUCCUUGCUUUAACCAGAAGGAAUAUGUACAUUUCUGUUCCUUGGUGUAGUAACAAGGACUCCGUGAAUUCAACCUCUGACUUCAUGCUGCACUAACCAACCAGUCUUUGUAUACAGAACAGAGUCUGUGUAUUUGUAAAAGGUUUUGCAGUUGCAGAUACAGAAUGUUGGAGUUCUUUAACUUAAACUGCGGGGCUUUCCAAAAUCCACCGUGAAAAUUAGCGUGAGAAAGAGCAAUUACUGGCAUGAAAAUACAAUAACUCAUUUAUAUAUGGAUAUAAAUCUAUGAAGUUUAAAGUGAGAGGCAGAAAAAAACCCUGGUUUCUUUUUACAAAAUUACAUAUACACAAAUAUUUAUUCUGACAUUGCUACGCCAUUUCCUAAACGAUUCACAGAAGAGUUUCCGAUAUUUUUGUCAGAUCGUCAUGCAAGUCUGGGGAAGUAACCUGUUUCCUCCAGGUAUUGUGCCGAGGUUUGUGGAACUACGUUUUGUAGCGCGCACGUAAAUAUAGUGUAUAACUAUUUACACAGGGUAUUGUUACAAUCAGUUUACUCAUCUACAGGAAAUCUUGGUCUGCCUACCUUUGAAGAAGAUCGGAUGUAGUAUUUAAAGUAUCCGUAAAACAAUCAAAAGAAAUGUGCAAAUGGCCUAAAUUAAUAUCUUUUAAAUGAGAUGUCGCACAAGCUUGCAUGGGCGUAGUGCAUUGAAAGCUUAUCGAUGCUAAUGAUGUUUAUCGGUGUUGUGCUGCUUGUUUACUACGAGUGUUGCAAUAUUUGUAGAUGUCCAGUUGGCGUAUGUAAUAAAGUAAAAAAAAGCUC